AGUCUCUCUCUCUCUCUCUCUCUCUCUCUCUCUCUCUCUCAUAUGGCGGAUGUUGAAGAUGGGCAUGAAGCGCAGGGCAUCAAGCUAUUUGGCGCAACAAUCACAGUAGAAAUGAGAGAACAACCGAAGAACAAGGAGACAAGAACAAAAGCUCGUCACGAACAAGCAGCAAAUACAGAGAAGAGGCCAGACAAGGUGAUCCCCUGCCCCAGGUGCAAGAGCAUGGAAACCAAGUUCUGUUACUUCAACAAUUACAAUGUUAACCAGCCCAGACACUUCUGCAAGGGCUGCCAGCGUUACUGGACGGCCGGCGGGGCCCUCCGCAACGUCCCGGUCGGCGCCGGCCGUCGCAAGGCCAAGCCUCCCUGCCGGGGAGUCGCCGACGGCUGGUUAUUCGAUCCCGCUGCCGGGGUGCAGCGGUUUGAGCUUGAUGGUGUACUGCUCGAGGAGUGGCAGCUGGCGGCGGCUCACAGCGGUUUCCACCAUGUUUUCACGGCCAAGAGGCGGAGGAGCGACGACUCAGGCGCUGAAAGUUGUUGACCUGAUCUCUUCCUAAUUGUCUCUUAGUCCAAUAAUAAUAAUAAUUCAAAAAAAAAAUCAUUAAAUACAUAAACAUAUAUAUAUAUAUAUAGCGCCGGUGAUCUUAUUAAUUAGCGGUGGUGUACAUACUAUUACAGGCUGUCUUAAUUAAUCGAUCAAUGGAUGAUUUAGCAGCAGCUUAAUUUCUCUCAA